UUCAGCUGCUUUCUACACAAUAUAAGGAGCAUCUCAGCAUCGUCAGACUCUCAGAGAAGAAGACUUCAUUCACACAUCAGAUUUUCAUUGAUAGGCUUAUUGCCUACCUGCAACACUUCCAGCAUAGAGAGAGAGAGACACACACAGAGAGCGCAAAUGGAACGGAAACUGGUCGUUUUGCUUCUCAUUUCGAUCACAGCUCUGCUACACACAGCAGCAGCAAUGCCACCCAGCCAGUUAGUUAACUGCUGCACACGAGUAUUGAACAAAUUCGACACGAAGAUGUUGAAAAGGGUGAAGAGCUUCCAGAUGCAACAUGACAGGUUCUGUGCCAUCAAAGCAGUGCUGCUCCACAUAGCUCGUCAUAGAAUUUGUAUUGAUCCCAACAAUGCACAUUUGCAGAGAUGGAUGAAGAAGCAUCAGAAUAAGAAGCAGAACAAUAUUUAAGGAGUUGCGAAGUUGGACAGUGUUAGAUAAGGAGGAUUGAUUAGAAAAUAAAGAACACAGGCCACCGUCAGUGAUGGGGCCUAGAGAUCUCUGAGAUACCCUCAUACCACCCCCCCCCACAGAUAAAUAUCUUGGAACAACCAUCGCCUUUUGUGUCCCCAUUCCACUGAUGUCAACCUUCUGUUCCUCUGGGUCCCAAUCACUGUCUCUGUCAAGUCAUUGGAAUGGUGAAUCUAACUUCAGCUGUACUGUUUCUUCACCCCCUUGGUCACUGGGUGCACUCCGCACCCAACUCAAUGAGGCCUCAUCGACACUGAUUGGACGACAGCCACAGAGAGUGCAACAAUAUCUGUCAAAAAAGCCACUGGAGUGGAAAACGAACAAACUGAGUCCAUAUCUCCCAUCCACGAAACUUCUCACCAUCCCUCUAUCAUUUACCAGCUGUGUAACGUUAAGGGAAUGGAUUGCAAACUCGUGUAUGUGAUUUGUUUGUGUGUUCUGCUGCAUAUCACGGCAGUGCCUUAAAAAGAUUGAGAUGCAAAAGCUGUGAAGGAUUUUAGAUUGCAAACAGAAAUCCAAGCCAACUGGGAUCCGAUCCAGUCUGAUCCUUCAGAGCUGGGCUCUGAUCCAGUCUUCUCCUAGUUGGUCAAACCAGGUCCUAUGCAAGCUGUCUGAUGACAGAAAAAUAAAUUGCCUGAAUUGGCCAUACCAGUGAUCACGUGUGUGUCUUGACUGCUGAUUAAUAGAAAUGGAACAGUAUAAUCCUGGACAGUUUAAUGUCAGUGGGGAGUAAGCUAUCAUUGUCCUGUUUGAUCAUGAAUAAAAUGUUGCAGGCAUAAUAAAAUUGCAAUUUUUUUGAAGAAA